GCCUCACUUCCCUCCUUGAUCCGUCAGGGUUUCGUUUGGUUCAGUUUUGUCCCUCUCCUUCCCUCCCUGCUCUGAACAAUCCUCACAAGCAACAUCCCCCUCACUGCUCUCACACCUAGCCCAGCAGCAAGAUAGGACGCUCGGUUGUUAGGUUUUCUGAUCCGUUCAGGACGGGGAGGAAGUAGGGAGUUUCUAAGCUGAGCUUAGACAAGACGUUAGUCUGCUUCGCUUGCCUCCCUGCUUGGUAGACAGGGACGCAGGAGGAGUCGAAAAUGAGUACAGCGAAUAAGUUUAUCAAAUGCGUUACCGUAGGGGAUGGAGCGGUGGGUAAAACGUGCAUGCUGAUCUCCUACACGAGCAACACCUUUCCUACUGACUACGUCCCUACCGUCUUUGACAACUUCAGUGCCAAUGUGGUGGUGGAUGGCCAAACCGUCAACUUGGGACUCUGGGAUACAGCAGGUCAAGAAGAUUACAAUAGACUACGCCCUCUGAGCUACAGAGGCGCCGACGUCUUCCUUCUUGCGUUUUCACUCAUCAGCAAAGCCAGUUAUGAGAACGUCUCAAAGAAGUGGAUACCGGAGCUGAGGCAUUACGCUGCGACCGUCCCGAUUGUCCUCGUCGGCACAAAGCUAGAUUUACGAGAUGAUUCACAAUUCUUCAAAGAGCACCCAGAUGCGACACCAAUCAGCACCGCCCAGGGUGAGGAGCUGAAGAAGGUGAUUGGUGCAGCAGCUUACAUCGAGUGCAGCUCGAAGACGCAGCAGAACGUGAAGGCUGUUUUCGACACAGCAAUCAAGGUGGUUUUGCAGCCACCGAAGGCGACGAAGACGAAGAAGAAGAGUGGGAAGUGCGUCAUCAGCUAAGCCAGGACAUUCCACCACCGCGACCAAUCUCUUCUCUUCAUCCUCGUCCUUCUUUCUUCAGUCGACUCAAACGCUGGCCUUUGCCAAGCUAUUUGCUGGCUCAGGUUUGGUGCAGGAUGGUGGCUUAAAUAUCCUUCAAGAGGUAUACAGCUGUAGGGGAAAGAAUUGCGAGUGGGGCGACAUGAGUGGCAGUCAAUGGUGUGGGGGGGGGGGGGGGGGGGGGGGGGAGGAGCUGGAAGAGUGAGGAGAAAUUGUUGGGAGGGCGAGGAUGUUGAAAGUCAAGAGAGUGAGGGGGCAAGUCUGAGGUCUCAGGAGUAAGUUUAAUGGGUCUAGGCUUAGGAUUUUACUUCAUUUGUUAUUAUGAUCCAACUACAGCAUGCUUGUGACGGAUCUGCGGUCUUUAGCUUUUGUGUAGUCUCAAACCGAUGUGGUAAGGCAGGCUGGGUUCUAUCAUGCCUUGUGUAAGUUAUAACAUUGUACGCUUUUUCUGAACAUCGCAAU